GGGGCUUCGGGUUUAACUCCGGCCUAGGCAGAUCGUGAGUUUAAUCUCAUGGUGGAGAACGCGAUAUCACGCCUUCCACACCUUUCUCACUCGACCACUGCCCAAAGUGGGUUGCAGCGGGGUUGGCAAAAUGCGCUCGAACAUGUUAAAUGUGCUUGCAUCCAAUCUUAAGAUUGUAAGCUGCUGCUGUUCUUAUAUAGCUUAUAGACAUACCUGAAUAUACGCACUUUGUCCUCAGGGGCUCAGAGUAAUACUUAAUAUAUCCUACCUUGUCAACCGACCCAGUCAGGGUGAUGGAGGAAACGGACAAAUCAAAUAGCCCGCUACCUUCUCCUAUCACAGAGAUCCAGGAUCUAGCUUACGUCGAAAAGGGACAUGCCGAUCUCGAUCCUACUCAAAAGCCGGACCCAUUCUUUGUCCAGGGGUACGGUCCCGCCUCUGAUAAGUCUGACUCUAGCUCUGGGCAUGAGACACUCCUAGGCGAUGAACACUAUCCCGAAGGCGGUCUUGAGGCAUGGCUCGUCGUCCUCGGUGCAUGGUGUGGCCUAUUGGCUUCACUGGGACUAAUGAAUAGCAUUGCAACGCUCCAGACCUAUAUUGCGACCCAUCAGCUCUCCGGCUACGACGAGGGCAUCAUCAGCUGGGUUUUUUCCAUGUACACGGCCUUGUGCUUUCUCUGUGGCAUCUAUAUCGGUCCACUCUUUGAUAGGUAUGGACCUAGAUGGUUGAUCGGGCCAGGCAGUGUUGGUGUUGUCGCGAGUGUCAUGCUAUUUAGCGUAUGCACAGAAUACUGGCAUUACGUACUCGCCUGGGGCAUCCUCAAUGGAGUGGCAACGUCUCUUCUCUAUACUCCCUGCAUCACAGCCGUAGGACAUUUCUUCCGUAAACGUCGUGGCCUUGCUUCUGGACUUGCAAGCACAGGCGGAGGCCUAGGCGGCGUAGUAAUGCCUUUGUUAAUACAGAACCUUAUUGAUAAAGUUGGAUGGGGAUGGUCAAUUCGCAUCCUAGGAUUUUUCUGCCUCUUCUUACUCACCAUUGCCAAUCUCUUAGUUAAGAAAAGGCUCCCGCCCGCUAAGAAUGCCAGUCCACACCCCGACUUCCGCAUCUUAAAGGAGAAGCCGUUUCUUCUCCUCACCCUAGGCGUCUUCUUCCUGGAGUUUGGAAUUUUUAUCCCACUUGCUUACAUUUCGAGCUAUGCGCUCGCGAACGGCUUUAGUGAGGACUUUUCUUUUCAGAUCUUACCUAUUCUCAAUGCUGCAUCAGUGUUGGGGCGCGCGUUGCCCGGCUGGUGGGCGGAUAAGAUUGGCCACUUUAACACGAACAUGAUCUCGAUGUGUGUCACAGUCUUUGCGUGUUACGUUGUAUGGUGGCCAUUCGGCCACACGACUCCUGGCCUGAUCAUAUUCGCCCUCAUGUUCGGGUUUUCCACCGGAAACAACAUUAGCAUCACGCCGGUCUGCGUUGGAAAGUUGUGUCAUACGCAGCACUAUGGUCGGUACUAUGCUACUUGCUACACAGUCGUUUCCAUAGCUGUUUUGCUUAGUCUCCCUAUUGCCGGGGUUGUUGUUGAUGCCGCUGGCGGUGCUUAUUGGGGCCUGAUUGUUUUCACUGGGCUCACUCAGGUCCUUGCCCUCGUCGCCUUAUAUGCAGCUAAGGUUGCAAGUGUAGGAUGGUCUCCUUGGAUUAACUUUUAGAUUAGAUGUGUCCUUAACAGGUACACGCUAUAUUGCCAUUAGAAGCCCUGGAGGGGUGGAAGACUGGAUGGUUUGAGCAGGCUACUCAUAAAAUUGGGUGCUAGGUAAUUUCUUGGGAUUUAUGGUCUGGCUUGAUAAAAGGGAUAAAAAAAAGAAUGGAUGGGUAACAGGAUACAUAUGGGGGGUUGGGAUGGAUGGUACAUUAAAAAAAAACUAUCUAGACAAAAUGUCUGACAAAUUGGUUAGGGUUGGUAGGUACUAUACUAGUAGGUAUGUACUACUACGUUGGGUGAUUGGUACCUAAUGAUAUAGGAAAAUGUGUAACACUUCAAAGUUUUACUUUAUUCAAUAUUGAAGGUUUAAC